CUGGUCUCCUACUGUGAGACUCACCUGGAGCCUCAUCUGACCAUGUCACGCCUAAAAAGACAUCAGCUGAUCGACCCUGUGGAGAAGCUAGAAGACAGGAUGUGUACGGAGCAUGAUAAACCUCUGGAGCUGUUCUGUAAGACCGACCAGACAUGUGUCUGCAUGCUCUGCACUGUUUUAGACCACAAGACGCAUGAUGUUGUUCCUCUGAAAGAAGAAUAUGAAAGAAAGAAGGCCGAGCUGGGGAAGACAGAGGCUGAAAUUCAGCAGAUGAUCCAGAAGAGACGACUGAAGAUUCAGGAGAUCAAACACUCAGUCGACCUCAGUGAGGAAGAUGCAGACAGAGAGAUAGCAGAAGGUGUUCAGGUCUUCACUUCUCUGAAGGAGUCUGUUGAGAGAGGCCUGAAUGAGCUCAUCAACACGAUCAAAGAGAAGCAGAAAACUACAGAAAAACAAGAGCUGGAACAGGAAAUCUCUGAGCUGAUGAAGAGGAGCACUGAGGUGGAGCAGGUGUUACGCUCUGAAGACCACCUCCAUCUUCUCCAGAGUGUCCAGUCCCUAAACAUCCAACAACCUCCACCCACCAAGGACUGGACAGAGGUCAGCGUCCAUCCAUCAUCAUAUGAGGGGACUGUGGUGAAAGCUGUGGUUCAGCUGGAGGAGACACUCAGUAAAGAGAUGAAGAAGCUGCUUGAGUCUGAGCUGAAGAGGGUCCAGCAGUAUGCAGUGGAUGUGACUCUUGAUCCUGAUACAGCACAUCCUAAACUCAUCCUGUCUGAUGAUGGGAAACAAGUGAAUCAUGGUGAUGUGAGGAAGAAUCUCCCAGACAACCCAGAGAGAUUUUCUAAUUGUGUUAAUGUUUUAGGAAAACAGAGUUUCUCUUCAGGCAGAUUUUACUUUGAGGUUCAAGUUAAAGGAAAGACUAAUUGGACUUUAGGAGUGGCCAGAGAGUCGAUCAACAGGAAGGGAAUCAUCACACUGAGCCCUCAGAAUGGUUACUGGACUAUAGUGUUGAUAAAUGGAAAUGAGUACAAAGCUCUAGCUGGCCCUCCAGUCCUUCUCUCUCUGAAGUCUCCUCCUCAGAAGGUGGGGGUGUUUGUGGAUUAUGAGGAGGGUCUGGUCUCCUUUUAUGACGUAGAUGCUGCAGCUCUUAUCUACUCCUUUACUGGCUGCUCCUUCACUGAGAAACUCUUCCCAUUCUUCAGUCCCAGUCUUAAUUCUGGUGGUAAAAACUCUGCCCCUCUGAUCAUCUCUCCUGUCAGAGUAAACUAAUCACUUAACUUUGAUUUAUUUAUUUUCAUUCAGGGAAACAAAUGUUAAUAAUUAGUUUAGAUCUUAUUUUCUAUCUUUUUAAUGUGGUGAUUGAUGUUCACUUCAUUGUUA